ACGUAAAUAUGACGAUACAAGAACACUGGAAGUCGUUUCAAGAAUAUCGCACACUUUCAGUACCAUAUAAAUCGCAGGAACAAACAGACGAUCGUUACCGAACAGCUUUACAGUGAAUAUUACCUUCAAUUUCUUUGCAACGUCACUGCGCAUUACUAUCAGCAUCGCCUUCUCCGUAGUGCAAUAAAAGCUACAGGAUAUCAACAAUAUAAAAUCGUUGACCUCGUCAGCCUGUACUAGUCGAGAUAUUGUGUAACAAUAUUGCCAUCCGUGAAGAGAGAUAAUGUUAAACGUGAACCUAUGUCUGAUCUUUAUUUUGAGAUACAUUCUAACGCUUCAAAUACUCAAUCAACCUGUCUUUGGUAACUACACAGGGCCACUCAAAACAGUAAAAGUAAAUGUGUCUGAAGGGACAUUAGUCGCCAUCGUUGAGGAAAACGUCUAUGGCGAUUCUUACAAUGCCUUUCGUGGAAUACCAUAUGCUAAACCUCCAGUGGGUGAUCUCAAAUUUCGAGAUCCGCAACCACCAGAACCAUGGUCCAGUGAUAGAAACGCUUCGGAUAACGGAAACAUCUGUCUUCAGAUGGACAGAAUAAACUUAAUCGUCAUAGGAAAAGAAGACUGUCUUUAUUUGAACGUGUAUACCAACAAUGUGACGUCUUCAAAGAAAAGUGCUGUAAUGGUGUGGAUACAUGGUGGAGGCUUUCUUAUGGGAGACGGCACUUCGCUUUAUUACGGUCCUGAUUAUAUCAUGCGGAAGGAUGUGGUACUCGUCACCCUGAAUUACAGAUUAGGUGUUCUAGGUUUUCUUAAUUUUGAUGAGGAAAUGGACGGGAAUCAGGGCUUAAAAGAUGUAGUUAUGGCGUUAAAAUGGGUUAAAAAAAAUAUAUUGCAAUUCGGUGGAGAUCCCGAUAACGUCACAAUUUUUGGUCAAGAUGCGGGUGGAGUAAUGGUUCACUAUCUGACUAUUUCACCGUUAGCUGAAGGUUUAUUUCAUAAGGCAAUAUGUCAAAGUGGCGUCAUAACUGUUCCUUGGGCUUUCACUGAACUUGACGAUGCUAUCCAUAACGGUCUGAUGUUAGCCCAGAAACUUGGUAAUGCGACUUCAAAUCCGGAAGAAGCCCUGAAAUUUCUGAAAGACAUAGACGGAAGAAUAUUGAUAGCAGCAGAGAAUGACUUAGAUAUUUUUCCCGCAUUUACGCCGACCGUGGAUUACGAGUCAUGGAAUUCUUUUUUAUCGGAAAAUCCGUUGAAAUUAUUACGUAAUGGUAUUAAAAUACCAAUCAUAUUUGGAUAUAAUAGCCAAGAAGGCAAUAUUUUCAUAAGUGAUAUUGUCGGUCGUAAGUCGGUCGGGGUAAACAACGAUACUUUAAACAAAUUUAAUUCUGAUUUUAAGAAAGCCAUACAUCCGAAAAUUCUACGUCAAUUACCGCAACUAGGGAUCACGGUACCGGAAUUACGAUCGUUGUAUUUUGGUAAUAAAACAGUGUCAGAAGAAACUAUAAUGGCUCUUUCUGAUUUUUUGGGGAUCAACAUAUCUAUAGAGGCAUUAUACAAGCAAUUGAUAUUCAAAUGAAUUCUAAUGUUAACCAGUCGACCUAUUUGUACGAAUUUUCGUACGAAAGUGAAACCUCUCCUGUGAAGAAAAUGUUUUUUUAAAAAGCCGCUUUCAGGUACAUCUCACUUCGAGGAACUGGGUUAUUUAUUUUGUCCUCUUAUAGGACAAUUUAUCGAAGUGUUACCAUUUGCACAUAAUACGUCGGAUUAUAAAAUAAUGGAAUACUUAACGCAGAUGUGGACAGAUUUUGCUAA